GAUGAGUGGAAGGGAAGCUAGAAGGAGGAGGAUCGUGGACAGAGGGUCAGAUCGAUUGGCUCUGAUCACGGGGCGUAUUCCAAACCUGUCUCCCAAACAUUCUCACUCGCAAUCAUCCCCUGCUAUCUUCUUCCAAGAUCAGUCCUUUCCACAAUCUCCCCUCAAUCCCUUUGAUCAAUUUCACUCUGGUUUUAAGGGUGAAGAUGGUUAUUCUGAUACACCAACGAAACAUGAUACACCAACGAAACAUGACAUCAAUGCCGGGUAUUCAAGGGGAAAUGCUGUGACCUUCGCAAGCAGAGUAGAACCACAAUUGCGCAAAUGUGAGACAGACAUAGGGGCAGUACAGCCAUUACUUGUCACCCCAAAGGUUCCCGAAGCAUCGGUUGAUGAAGAAGUGUUUUCAAAAGCAUGUGGCACUCAGCCCAAUGUCUUCACUGCCAAAGAAAUAAAUUCAUGCAUUGUGGCUUCAGAAAGUACACGUGUUGUUUGUUCUGUCAUAAUAGCACUGUUGGUGGUUCUGUCUUAUACUAAUCUUCCUCAUAACAUAGUCAAGUCGCAGAGCACCAUAGCGUCGAGGCCUCUUUAUAUACUCCUACUGACUGAUGUAACAAUUGUGCUUCUACGACUGUUAGGGAAGCGAAGAGAUUCUGAGAAGAUUGAGGAAGAAGGAAAAGUUGGUAUGCUGGAAGACGAGGAAAACUGGAAAGGAGCAGUUAAGAUUUUGGAAAUGAGUUUGGUAUUCUACCAAACAAUACGCGCUGUUUUCAUAGAUUGCAGUUUCUAUGUGGUAGUUGUCAUCUGUGGCCUUUCUCUGGUUUAGCUUUUGUUGUGGUUAUGAUCACUGGCAGCUUCUUUGGUCUCUCCAGUGUCUAGUCAUGACAGCUAAUUCCAAUGAGAAACUCUUUUUUUAUUCUUAUUGACUCAGUUGGUUUUCCCUGUUUAUGUCCCUAUAUGGAAUCACUGGGAAAAAAACACUCCUGUUUUUCGUUUUUAUUUUCUUUUUUGCUCUACUGAUGUAAUCAUGUUUGCCUCUUAAUGAGUUGCUUCCACUGUUGUUUAUA